AUGUCGACCACCGUCGUCUGUGGUGCGCAAUGGGGUGACGAGGGCAAGGGCAAGCUGGUCGAUAUCCUCUCCUCUGAGGCCUCGCUCUGCUGCCGCGCCCAGGGUGGCAACAACGCUGGCCACACCAUCGUCGCCAACGGUAUUACCUACGACUUCCACAUCCUGCCCUCCGGCCUUGUCAACCCCAAGUGUGUGAACCUCGUCGGCGCCGGAUGCGUUGUCCACGUCCCCUCCUUCUUCAAGGAGCUCGAGGCCCUGAACGUCCACGGCUUGGACACCACCGACCGCAUCUUCAUCAGCGACCGCGCUCAUGUCGUCUUCGACCUGCACCAGCUGGUCGACGGUCUGGAGGAGGUCGAGCUGGGCUCCGGCCUGAUCGGCACCACCAAGAAGGGCAUCGGCCCAACUUACAGCACCAAGAUGACUCGCAGCGGCAUCCGGAUAUGCGACAUCUUCGACAACGAGCAGCUCGCCAACAAGCUGCGCCGCAUCGCCGACGGCUACAAGAAGAGGUUCGGAGACCUUCUCAAGUAUGACGUGGAGGAUGAGAUUACCCGCUACAAGGACUACGCCGAGAAGCUCAGGCCCUAUGUCAUUGACCAGGUGCCGCUCCUCAAGUCGGCCAAGGCUCAGAAUGCCAACAUUCUUGUCGAGGGUGCCAAUGCCCUCAUGCUCGACAUCGAUGCCGGCAGCUAUCCCUUCGUCACCUCGUCCAACACUGGUCUUGGCGGUGUCCUCACCGGUCUCCCCCUGGGCUGGCGCGCGAUCAAGGAGGUCAUCGGCGUGGUCAAGGCCUACACGACUCGCGUCGGUAGCGGCCCCUUCCCCACGGAGCAACUGAACGAGGUGGGCGAGAAGCUGCAGUCGGUCGGGCGCGAGUUCGGCGUCACGACGGGUCGCAAGCGCCGCUGCGGCUGGCUCGACCUGGUCGUGGUGCGCUACUCGCACGACGUCAACGACUACACGGCCAUCAACCUGACCAAGCUCGACAUCCUCGACGACUUCGAGACGAUCAAGGUCGCCACGGCCUAUCACCACAACGGCCAGGAGCUGGAGAGCUUCCCCGCCAACCUCGACAUCCUCGAAAAGGUCGACGUCACGUACAAGGAGCUGCCCGGCUGGAAGACCAGCACUACGGGCGCCAAGACGUUCGCUGAUCUGCCUGAGAACGCGAAGAAGUACAUUCUCUUCAUCGAGGAGUUCACCGGUCUCAAGGUGAAGUACAUCGGCACCGGCCCCGGCCGCGAGAGCAUGAUCAUCAGGUAA